GCUCAGCCAGCGCAGCCUGCCCCGAGCGGCGGGCCGAUCGCCUCCAUCCCUCCGCAUUUGGUAUGCAUGAGCACUGCUGUUCCCACGCAGGAGCCCGCUGCUCUCUUAAGGAAGCUCGGAGGAGCGGCUCGCCCAGCCCAUCCCAGCCCUCUGCCCGCGCCCGGCGCGCCCUGCCCGGGGGAUGCCCCCAAGCCGGGCAGCGGGCGGGCGCUGCCAGCUCUGCGGCUCAUCUCCCGGCGGGGUCCGCGGGGGGUCAUGAAUCAGACCGACGCUCCCCGGCCGCUCAACUGGACCAUCCGGAAGCUGUGCCAUGCCGCCUUCCUCCCGUCCGUCAGGCUUCUUAAGGCACAGAAAUCAUGGAUAGAAAGAGCUUUUUACAAGAGGGAAUGUGUUCAUAUCAUACCCAGCACCAAAGACCCCCAUAGGUGUUGCUGUGGGCGUCUAAUAGGUCAACAUGUUGGACUGACUCCAAGUAUCUCCGUUAUCCAAAAUGAGAAAAAUGAAAGCAGGCUUACUCGCAAUGACAUCCAGUCAGAGAAGUGGUCCAUCAGCAAGCACACACAGCUCAGCCCGACGGACGCUUUUGGAACUAUUGAGUUCCAAGGAGGAGGCCACUCCAAUAAAGCCAUGUAUGUACGUGUGUCUUUCGACACAAAGCCUGACCUUCUUCUGCACCUGAUGACCAAAGAGUGGCAGCUUGAGCUCCCUAAACUUCUCAUCUCUGUGCAUGGGGGCCUUCAAAAUUUUGAACUUCAGCCAAAACUCAAACAAGUCUUUGGGAAAGGCCUCAUUAAGGCUGCUAUGACAACCGGAGCAUGGAUAUUCACUGGAGGAGUAAACACAGGGGUCAUUCGCCAUGUUGGAGAUGCACUGAAAGAUCAUGCCUCAAAAUCUCGAGGGAAGAUAUGCACCAUUGGCAUAGCUCCCUGGGGGAUUGUUGAAAAUCAGGAGGACCUGAUUGGCAAAGAUGUGGUCCGACCAUACCAGACGAUGUCCAAUCCCAUGAGUAAGUUGACAGUGCUCAACAGUAUGCAUUCUCAUUUCAUUUUGGCUGACAAUGGUACUACUGGCAAAUAUGGAGCAGAAGUGAAACUCCGUAGACAGCUGGAAAAGCACAUAUCACUUCAGAAGAUAAAUACAAGAAUUGGUCAGGGGGUUCCAGUGGUGGCCCUCAUUGUGGAAGGAGGUCCCAAUGUUAUCUCUAUCGUUCUGGAGUACCUGCGAGACACACCUCCUGUUCCUGUUGUGAUAUGUGAUGGCAGCGGUCGGGCAUCUGACAUCCUUGCCUUUGGUCACAAAUAUUCUGAAGAAGGAGGACUUAUCAAUGAGUCUUUGAGGGACCAGUUGCUAGUUACCAUCCAGAAGACUUUCACAUACACUCGAACCCAGGCACAACACCUCUUCAUUAUUCUCAUGGAGUGCAUGAAGAAGAAGGAGCUGAUCACAGUCUUUCGCAUGGGAUCAGAAGGACACCAGGAUAUUGAUUUAGCUAUCCUUACAGCAUUACUAAAAGGAGCUAACGCAUCUGCUCCCGACCAGCUGAGCCUGGCAUUAGCCUGGAACAGAGUAGACAUCGCUCGCAGUCAGAUCUUUAUUUACGGGCAGCAGUGGCCGGUGGGCUCCCUUGAGCAAGCAAUGCUGGAUGCACUGGUGUUGGACAGAGUGGAUUUUGUGAAAUUACUCAUAGAAAAUGGAGUAAGCAUGCAUCGGUUUCUCACCAUCUCCCGGCUAGAGGAAUUGUACAAUACGAGACAUGGACCAUCCAACACUCUGUAUCAUCUAGUCAGGGACGUCAAAAAGGGAAAUUUACCUCCUGAUUAUCGAAUUAGCCUGAUUGAUAUCGGUUUGGUGAUAGAGUACCUGAUGGGAGGAGCAUAUCGCUGCAAUUACACCCGAAAACGGUUCAGAACACUGUACCACAAUUUAUUUGGCCCCAAGAGGCCAAAAGCCCUGAAACUGUUGGGAAUGGAGGAUGAUGUCCCUUUGCGGCGAGGGAGGAAAACAACGAAGAAAAGAGAAGAAGAAGUUGAUAUUGACUUGGAUGACCCUGAAAUCAAUCAUUUUCCCUUCCCGUUCCAUGAGCUGAUGGUGUGGGCCGUGCUUAUGAAGCGUCAGAAGAUGGCCCUCUUCUUUUGGCAGCAUGGGGAGGAGGCUAUGGCUAAAGCACUGGUGGCCUGUAAGCUCUGCAAAGCCAUGGCCCAUGAAGCAUCAGAAAAUGACAUGGUGGAUGACAUAUCCCAAGAGCUGAACCAUAAUUCCAGGGACUUUGGCCAGUUGGCAGUGGAGCUGUUGGACCAGUCGUACAAGCAAGACGAGCAACUGGCAAUGAAACUGCUGACGUAUGAGCUGAAGAACUGGAGCAAUGCCACAUGCCUGCAGCUCGCAGUGGCAGCCAAGCACAGGGACUUCAUUGCUCACACUUGCAGCCAAAUGCUGCUCACAGACAUGUGGAUGGGUCGUCUCCGGAUGCGCAAAAAUUCUGGCCUAAAGGUAAUUCUAGGAAUUCUACUUCCUCCUUCAAUCCUCAGCUUGGAGUUCAAGAACAAAGAUGAUAUGCCUUACAUGUCUCAGGCCAAUGAAAUCCAUCUUCAAGAAAAGGAGCCAGAAGAACCAGAAAAACCAGUGAAAGAAAAAGAGGAGGAGGACAUGGAACUCACUGCGAUGCUGGGACGAGGGAAUGGAGAAUCCUCGAGAAAGAAAGAGGAAGAGGAAGUUCAGAGCAGGCAUAGACUGAUUCCUGUUGGAAGAAAGAUUUAUGAAUUCUACAAUGCUCCUAUUGUUAAAUUUUGGUUUUACACACUGGCAUAUAUAGGCUACUUGAUGCUGUUCAAUUAUAUAGUGUUAGUGAAGAUGGAUCGCUGGCCAUCUACACAGGAAUGGAUUGUCAUCUCAUACAUUUUCACUCUGGGAAUAGAGAAGAUGAGAGAGAUAUUGAUGUCAGAGCCUGGGAAACUGUUACAGAAGGUAAAAGUUUGGCUCCAAGAGUACUGGAAUGUUACGGAUCUCAUAGCUAUCCUCCUGUUCUCUGUUGGGAUGGUCCUCCGUCUGCAAGAUCUGCCACUCCGGAGUGAUGGCCGGGUCAUAUACUGUGUUAACAUCAUUUACUGGUAUAUACGGUUACUAGACAUCUUUGGAGUAAACAAGUAUUUGGGACCAUAUGUUAUGAUGAUUGGAAAAAUGAUGAUCGACAUGAUGUAUUUUGUCAUCAUCAUGUUGGUGGUUCUGAUGAGCUUCGGUGUCGCAAGACAGGCUAUUCUCUUCCCCAAUGAGGAGCCUUCGUGGAAGCUGGCAAAAAACAUUUUUUACAUGCCUUAUUGGAUGAUCUAUGGGGAAGUGUUUGCAGACCAGAUAGACCGUAAGCAAGUUUAUGAUUCUCAUACUCCAAAGUCAGCUCCUUGUGGUCAGAAUGAAACAAGAGAAGAUGGUAAAAUAAUCCAGCUGCCUCCCUGCAAAACAGGAGCAUGGAUUGUUCCUGCCAUCAUGGCCUGUUACCUCUUGGUUGCAAACAUCCUUUUGGUGAACCUUCUGAUUGCUGUUUUCAACAAUACAUUUUUUGAAGUCAAAUCCAUAUCCAACCAAGUAUGGAAGUUUCAAAGGUAUCAACUAAUCAUGACAUUUCAUGAAAGGCCAGUUCUCCCACCACCUCUGAUCAUUUUCAGCCACAUGACUAUGAUAUUCCAACACCUCUGCUGUAGAUGGCGGAAACACGAAAGUGACCCAGAUGAGAGAGACUACGGACUAAAACUUUUCAUAACUGAGGAUGAAUUGAAAAAAGUCCAUGAUUUUGAAGAGCAGUGUAUAGAAGAAUAUUUUAGAGAGAAGGAUGACAGAUUUAAUUCCUCCAAUGAUGAAAGAAUCCGUGUCACUUCAGAAAGGGUAGAGAACAUGGCCAUGCGACUGGAAGAAGUAAAUGAGAGAGAGCACUGCAUGAAGGCUUCUCUGCAGACUGUUGACAUCAGGCUUGCUCAGCUGGAAGAUAUGAUAGGACGAAUGGUGACAGCCUUAGAAAAAUUGACUGGCAUAGAGAGAGGUGAGACAACCAAGAUACGAUCCAGGACCUCAUCUGACUGUACAGAUGCAGCCUACAUUGUGAGGCAGAGUAGCUUCAAUAGUCAGGAAGGAAAUACUUACAAGCUUCAAGAGAGCAUAGAUCCUACAGGAGAGGAGUCCAUGUCCCCAACAUCUCCUACAAUCACACCCCGCAUGCGAAGCCACUCUUUCUAUGCAACAAAUAUGAAGGACAAGUGUGGGUUAGAAAAGUUUGAAAGCAUUUUUAAGGAAAGGUCUCCAAGCCUGCACCGGGCUAGCAGUUCCCACUCGAUAGCAAAAGAAGGAAAGGUUCCCUUAGCCCCUACCAGCACUUUGUCAAUUGCCCCAGACUCCAGAAGGCCUUCAUCUUGUAUAGACAUCUAUGUUUCUGCAAUGGAUGAGAUGCAUUCUGACACAGAGCCUCUUGACAGCUCCAUAAAUAUUCUUGGUACUGUAGAUGCAGCCCUACAGGCUCACAUAGCCUCUUCCAUUUUAGCUAACAGUGCGUAUAUUAGCAGUACACCUAGUGAAAAGAUUUCUGGCAGGAGUCUUGAUUAUGAGGAAACAUCUGGAAUAGAAACAAGAGCAUUUUCUUCAGACUAUUCACAAAUCACAGAUUGCCAAAUCCCCUGGGAUUCAGACCCUCCCUUGUACCACACUUUAGAGCGAUCCAAAAGCAGUCGUUAUCUGGCUACAACUCCGUUCAUUCUGGAGGAAACACCAAUUGUGAAAUCUCACAGUUUUAUGUUCUCACCAUCUCGAAGCUACUUCAGCAGCCUUGGUGUCCCAGUCAAAACAGCAGAGUACACAAGUAUUACAGACUGCAUAGACACAAGGUGUGUGAGCGCUCCCCAGACCAUCGCAGAGAGGGCCAGUUUUCCUGGAAGCCUUGGGGGCAAGGUGGAAGACUUGGGAUGCUGCCACCCAGAGAGGGAAGCAGAACUAAGCCACCCAAGCUCUGAUCAUGAAGAUAUUGAGUCCAAAGACAAGAAGGGAAUCCCCUUAUCUCCUCAAGAUAGCAAUGCCACAAGAACUCUGACCAACAGCAUCCCGCUUCCAAAAAUAGAGAGGGCCAACAGCUACUCUGCAGAGGAGUCCAACAUGCUGUAUGCACAGCACACACGGAAGAGCUAUUCAAUCAGUGAUAAACUUGACAGACAGCGAAAUGCAACGAGCCUGCGGAACCCCUUCCAGAGGAGCAAGUCCUCGAGGCCAGAGAGCAAAGGAGACAACCUGUCCAUGAGGAGACUAUCGAGAACAGGAGCCUUCCGUAGCUUUGAAAGCAAGCACAGCUAGGCCUAGACAAAGCUUGCAGGCAGGAUCAUCUGCUCUCCAGUCCAUUUUCCUUAGAAGAAUUAACACACCUCAUAUCAUUCCAUGUCAACUCCAGUUGGCAUCAGCCACCGGUCAAGGGAGCAUAUUUGUCAGUCUCAGCAGCUCCUGCUGAGCUACUGCAUCUUGACCCAGUUGACAUUUGCACUUAAGGAAAAAGGGAGGGAUGAAAUAUUUAUGAACACCUCAGUAAACAACAAGAAGAAAAAAAAGCCCCCUUUAUGAAGUCUCAAGUAAUAACUGAGUUCAGAAAUCUGCCUUUUACUAGAAGGCAUCCUAAGAUCUAUUAUUCACAAGUUUUUAGGACACAGGAAUUAACUGGCAAAAAGAAAUGUACAAAUUAGAUGUUCUAAACUUCAAUCACGACUUCCUUUUCAUCUGUUUCAUCAUUGUGAUGACUGAUGAAAAGCAUUUGUUAUUUCUGUAGGAACUGGCAGCAAAUAAACCUAAAGUCUCCCAAAUACCUUACUUCCCUACUCUUGUGUAAAUGAAGAAAGAUGAACAAGAUAACAACCAUAAAGUUCACUUGUCUCUUUUUGUAUCAACUUCUAGUGUCACAAAAAAAAAUAAUAAUAAAAAUAAAAAUUAAAAAAAAAAGCAGAAAGGGAACAGAAACACCUUUUGUACUGCAACUUAAAUGGAGGAAGAACUUAUGAUAAAAUAUCAGGUGAUUUCCUGUAUAAAAUAGGCAUUCUAGAUUCUAGGACAGCUGAGCAAGCUUAGGAUGAAUGUAAUUAAGCGGAAUAGCAUAUAUUUAUUUUUUUACCACGUUUGUCAUCAAUAUGUUGUCUCAUUAAAUCAAAGGAUGUGAUGGAACAGUAAGAAUGGGGUGAUCAGAGCAGAGCACAGCAAUACUGUCAGGUUCUCAAUGCUCCGUUUAAUUAAUUGUACAGACUGGAGAGGUUUACCCAUGAGGUUGCCACCAGGCUCUUCUUGCUGUUCCAUUUGAGCUGCCAAUUUUUCUCACCUAAAACUAUACACUUCUUUUUCUUUUUUUUAAUGAUGAUGUUGCUGUAUUUGAACAUUUCAAACUAUAUAAGAUUUAUCAAGAUUUACCUGGUCUAAAUCCAGAUUAACCAAAUUAGGCUGAGGUUGCUUAAAUGAAAGCAUUCUUAGCAGAAUACUGUAAAACACUAAAAGGUAUGUAGUAUAUGUUUUUAAGGUAAGUUAAAGAACCAGAAUGAAACUGGAAUUGUCUGUUAACAACAAAUUACAUCAGUUGCAAGUAUGCUUCCACUGUUCACUGUUCAGCAACAUAUUACACAACACGCAUUUUAGUGGGAGAAAGCAUAUUUGAUCUGUAAUAUAGUUGUGGGUUUUGUUUAAAGACAAUAGACUCCACUAACCUCACUCACAUACUUUCUAAGGGCCCACAGUAUCAACAGGAAUUUCAAACUUAUUAAGGAAAGAUAUCACUGUGGUCAGAGGAGAAAGGGUGUGCAGAAGACAGGAAGAUGUUAGCAAAGCAUAAAAAUCAACUGGACCAAAUUUCACAUCCUCUAUGAAGGGACUUUGAAGCUUGAAAAGAGUGAAGCUAGUGCUAUUAAAAAUUAAAACAUCUCUACAAUGACCAACAUCUGUGUAGAAUCAGGUCCUUUUUGUUCUUAAAUAAGAGCACAUGCAAGUGGGGUACAUGCUUCCCAUUUAUUUAAACGGGAAUUAUCUUCCAAACCUCUAAGGCAGCUUUGAAAAUGUAGGCUGACAUUUUCUCACUAGGAUCUCGCACUGGGAGACUCUAAGGAUCGUGUGAGAGUAAAGUCUGUAAGGCAACAAAUGCAGACAUAAAAAUAAUCAUCUGGCUCAAGACAAGAGGCAAAGAAGGUGAAUACCUUUAGGUACUGAGUCACUACGUUGGAAAGUUCAUUACAUAGAGAACUGCAACACGGACACGCUAAGCACAAUGUGUUUCGUGCUUCCUGCACCAAUGUGUUCCUUUCUUUAUCCUAUUUGACCAAGCCUUCAGUGAGCUAAACUCCACCAAGACACCAUGUUUAUGCAAUUGCCUUGCAGUCCAUGUGCAGCAUUAUGGUCACAUGGCAACACCAAGAAAGGUCAGAAACCUUUCUGUGCAUUAUGAAGCAUACUUGUAAUAGGCUGAUUGUUGAACAAUAGCAAAAAGCCCAGGGACAAAGGAACUUGUGUUUAACAAUCUGCUUCAAAUGUGCCAACUUUUGUUAGCAGCCUUUACUAAGGCUUCUCCAAAUCUAUCUGUCCUUGAUGAGUAUAGGGGGAUCUUCUCGCUCUGUUUUCUUUGUUACUUUUACGAAUGUCUUCUAAAACUAUUCGUGGACUCUUCCACCUCCACCAUAUUUCUGGCCUACUCUAGAGGAACUUCAAAUUCAUUAGAAAUUCGUCAGCAGUGAUUAGUUCGAGGCAUAGGGCUCUCCUCUGGGGUAGAUUUUAUCGCUUAGUUUGUCAGGGUAAAGGAAUUUGCCAAACCCAGAAGCUGUAUAAACAUUUAAGAUACAGCACUUUAUUGAUCUGGAACACACAUUCCAGGUAAAAGGAAACAGGACACUUUAUUUACCUCUUAAAAUUUGCCAUUAUAUAUAAAAUGUAAAUUCAGAUGUUAAAAGUGUGAUUGCAAGAUGUCAGAACACUUCUUUUCCUGAAUGUUUCCCAUUUAUUCUAUAAUGUGGUUUCUAUAGAAUAUAUUAUGAUGGAUGUUAUGUUAUUUCAUCUUCAUCUCUUUUUUACGUAUUGCAUCAAACUGCUCCUUUCUGAAUUUGGUGGUAAGACACCCAUUUCUUGCAAUGGGACCAGAUUGCCCCCUCCCAAUGUACUAUGACCAUUUAGUGAGAGUAAAAGUCUUAUCAUCCAUCAUCAUGUACCUAUAGCUUGUGCCAUAUGACAUAUUCUGUAUCAAGGGAUAGCGCUUAUGAAUUAUAUAUCUACACAUAUAUACAUAUCUCCCAUGUAUAAACCAGUAUAGUUGUGACAUGUGAUAAUAUUAGUGAACGUUACAGGACAAUUUUAAUAUCACAUUAUAAGGUCUUGUUUGUAAAUCUGUAACAUUCAAUAAAAUAGCACAUGUUGCAUCAAGCAUUAAGUUCCACUAUCCAGUUAUUAGCAUACAUAUGGAAUAUGCAUUUCUGGUCACAGUGUGUGAGUUAGGUAUAUUUCACACAUUUCUCUGUAUAGCUCCACUUAAAUGUCUGUAUGAGCUGAUGUGUAAACCUCUAAUGAGCCACUGUGGGUUGUGACAGGUGAGCUGUGGUAGUGUGAAAGAUGAAUUGGCAUGUUAUGCAAAAGAUUAUAAGAUGAAUGAACUUUAAUAAUAUUUUGAAACUCAACUGAACUUAGUUGUUUGUUUACAUAUGCUGGCCAACUGAGGAAGCAGUGUACAGUAUUUUAUAAAUAUUUUCCUAUAGUAAUCUGUUCUGUUGUUACCAGUUUAAGUGAUGCUAUUCUACAGUUGGGGUAUACACUUGUCCUAGGUAUUGGAUUAUAGCACAUUAUUCUUUCACAAUAACCGUGUGGUAUGACUGAGAUAGUUUCUCUUCCUUACAGUCCAGUCUUUUUUUGUGUCAACGAAAAUGCAUGCAUUGUUCCAUGAGUUUCUUUGGACUGCUAUGAAACUUAACAUUUUGCUAUUGCCUGCCUGUAAAGACGAAUCCAGUUAGGAAUGAAUUCAAGCUUUUGGAUGUUUACAUUAUUUCCAUUAUGUUUGAUCUUUAGCAAAGUGAGUGACUUUUUUAUUAUUUUUAAAUGACAAUUGUAUUUUAUGAAAUUGAAAUAUUCAACACAAAAUGCGAACCUACAGCAGUCCUCAGACAUUUGGCUCUCUCUUUUUUGGAAGAGAUAAGGUGCUACAUUAUUGUUCUUAGCACAAGUGCCAGUUAAUAAAUGGCAGUGUGGGGAUAAUUUAAAAAUAUAAUGAACACCCAAAAUAUCCAUUCAUGCACAUAAGGAAAGCCCUCUGGGUUCCAAAUAUAGACCGCUUUUUUUCAUUUUCCAUUUAUAGAUUUUUGGUAAAAAAAAAAAAAAAAAAUGAUUUGUACCUUUUGUGGAAUGGAUAGCCUUUUGUCAGGGGAUAAAUAUCUUAGUUAGGUAUAUUUUUUGUAAGAGAAGAAAAUGAUUUGUUUCCUAGAAACUGUCAGCAUGUGGAAAAUGCAACUACACAUAUAACUACUAAAAAAAUGUGCUGGUAGCAGCACAAAGCCUUAGUCCAAUGACUGCAGUCGGAACAAACAAGUAUCUCUGUCCUGAGAACAGAAUUUAUCAAAGGUAUUAGUUUAGAGUGAGCCAGUGAAACAAAAUUAUCUAUAAACUCAUGGUGCAAAUUUUUAAAACAAGUAUAAAUGUCUUGUUAUGUUGCUCAGGUUAUACAGUUAAGAGGAUUUGAUAAUCACCAGAAGGGAAAAUGUGAGCUUGUCAUUCCUGGAUUUCCCUAGGAAUGCUUAGGUAGUUGUGAGUCUCCCCCCUGCUUCAAAAUAAUAGUAUAUUUGCAUUUUUGCACAAAUAUUCACAAUUGUUUCAAAAAAGACAACAUUUUCAGUUCUGUUAAAUGAUGUCAUGUAUAGAUCACCUUCUUCAAAAGAAAUAGGAAAGCUUUAUAGCAUUAAUUUUCCCUCAUCCACUUCAAACAACAGCAUAGUCCAAACUGGGCAGAAGUAAAGCAUUGAGGUGUCUGCUUAUAUAAGGAAACACUGCAUUACUCUGGAUGGUAUUCACUGGCCUUGCCACACUUUUGCAUAGAAACAGUAGUGCUGAAUGUGGAGGGACCAACUGUCUGCACCCCAGUAAGAGUUAUGCAGCUUUAUAGCUAAUCACAGGGUGAACACUAUAGGUAAUAUAAUUUUCUCUUCUGCAAUAUUGACUACAGUUAUGGUCUUAUCACUGCUGAUGCAAAUCUGAUGGCAAAAAAAAAAAAAAAAAAAGAUUUCUAAAGAGUUACUCUGACAUUUGUCAGAGAAUGGAUUUAUUCUGCUAUCUCUAUAUUACUUUGAGUCAUGGCACAGCUUAUCCUAAGUCAUCAUCAAGUGGGCAGUCUAAUGACUGAGCCAUUGAGCCAAAGCAGUUGUGAAAGUCUCUAACCUAUUAUUUUUUGCUAUAUGCUUUCAGAUCUAUCAUAGAGCCACAGAGUACUUAUUUCAAAAAAAAGGGAUUAAGAAAAAUGUUUGAUUAUGAAAUUGCUGCUGUUUCUGCUGCAGGGAAGUGAUAAGUCUUGUUUAUUGUAGUAUUUUGUAGGGAGGGGGAAGGGGACAGAAGUGGGAAUUGGCUGUGAAAUACAAUUUUAUGCCUUCACAAGAGUAAAUUGUAUUAAAGUUAUAUUCUUCUUCCACCACUGCAGUUGUUGUACAUGAGGAGAGUCUAUAUGCUGCUACUGCUGUCUGGAACAGUGUUUGCAAUAUACUAUACUAAUAGCUAUUUAAUCGUUUAUUAUUUGGGUUAUCAUUUGUAAGUGUAUAACAAUCAUUUAUAAAGGGAGAAAAAAUGAUUAAAAUGUCAUUUUAAACAAAUUCCUACUAAUAUGAAGCUUUUCAAGUAUGAUUUGUCUAAAUGUAUAUCACUAGGGAAAAUGGUAUUUUCCAAAGGUCUACUGGAUUCACAAUGCACUUUUAGACUGUGUUUAGAUAUGUAAUAAAAAGCAGAAGUUGGCAAUUACUACAGUAGAACUUUCUGAAAUUUCUGUAACAAUUGUUUUGCAAUAAAAGAAAAG